AUGGAGUACUCAUCUUUCCGAGGCGGAGAUCGCUUGACGUACUCCCAAAUGCGACAACAACCUCUUCCUCGUGAUACCUUCUUCAGUCUCAAGAAUGAUUCCCAAAUAUUGGAACGACCAAUUUCAGUAGCAACCGAAUUUGUGGACACGGACUGGGAGGAAGAGGACGAGAUUAUUAGUGACGAGGAAGAUAACUCACCACGCAUAAGCUUGCAAUCAGCCGGACAACCGAGUUUCACCACAGUCUCUUCUUACGAUGAGGUCCCAACACCAAGGUCAAGCAGAAGUCAAGAGGUCCCUGUUGAAUACUCACCCAAACAAGUUGAAGGCCCUCGAGGACCUCAUCUGUUCCGAAACUCGACUGACCACUACUCAUCAACUGAAGAGGAUAUUAUCCUGACACUAUCGCCUAUCACCCCGAAAGGACCUCGAAACAUUGCCGACUUUCUCAUGUCGUCUCAGCCACCACCGCAGCCCCGUGCUAGUCCUUUCCAAUACACUGAUGUGGAACUUGACACGACAACUCUGGCAUCAUGGACUACUGAGAUGGUUGCACAGGCUAUGCUCAAUGCUGGCAUUGAGUUGUCUGUCGCUGACCGAUUUAUGGAGAAUGACAUUAGCGGUGCAAUCUUAAUUACAUUAAAGUUCGAAGACCUUAAAGAGCUCAGCAUCCAAUCUUUUGGCAUCAGGACCAAGGUCUGGCACCAAAUCCAAGCCUUGAGGGAUAGUCGUCCUGCGUCACCUCAACCGGAGACUCCAAUUGAGGAUGUGCCAAGCAGGGAGUUGGUGAGAGAGGCGCGAAGACCUGAAGAGAGUGGACUAAGACGUCGCCAGAGCAGCAAGCGAAGGAACCGAACAAGGCCAAACAGAGACGAUAUCACCCCUAUGGAAUCAGUAUCCAUCAUCGGUAUCGAACAGGUCAUCCCGAAGCCACACCAUUGCUCCAAAGGAGAAAACUGCUCCAAGUACAAGAAACAACAGCAACUUAUCCGGGCCUUCAAGAAGGAAUAUCCCCAUGUUGAUAUCAAUGCUACCGGGACGGUCAUGAUUGGUGAUGCUGGAAACCCAGAGACUGCCAAGGCAUUGGAUCCCAACAAGGUCCGACCCAUCUCAGAUGCUGAGCCUUCUGUAGUCGCAUCCUCGGAUGUCAUGGGUCCUGGCAUGCCGCCUAUUCAGUACCUUUACGAAGCAUCUCUUCGUGGAGUCCAGGCCAGAGAUCCCCAGGACAACGUCAGGCAAUUUCUUAACUUCCAGCAUCAGCAUGGAGGUGAAUGCAAUGAGGAAGUCCCUCCCACACCCCCUUUUGCUGGAAUACCAACUGCGCAGGCUCAGCUUCCUCACCAAGGUUUGCGCCGACUGCCUAAGCUCUCCAUCCCUGGUAAGGCCCCGCUGCCGCCUUCACGACUUGGUGCUUCAUCUGUCCCUCCUCAGAAGAAUCAGGCACAGAAUCAAUCGUAUGUGCAACGCCAGCAGCAACAACAGCAGCAGCAGCAACAGUAUUACCACCACCAACAGCCUGCUUUUAUACCUUACCAGAUGGAAAGGACCAGCCCUCGGUCUCCUGACCUGGAGAUGACACCCAGAAAUAACUUCCGCCACGGUACACCUUUUUCAGAGCUUGAUGUUCCUGUUACCGCUGUACCCAUUGGCCCUGUCGCUCGUGACUUCUCACAGUCUGUUCCCCCUGACAUGAACUACCGAACAUCUCCCACCAACAACGUUUCUCCUCCCCGUUGCCAGUCUCGUACUUCAGCCCGCCGUCCAUCUUUCCCCGUGAUGCCCUCUCUGGAGGAAAACAGGCCUAUUAACACGGCGCGACCCUCUCAAGGGUCAUCAUCUCCCAGGUCGCCGCGAGGCUCACGAGCUCAGCAGCCGCUUCAGCCGCCUCCUCGGGAUAACCUCCCCUUCUCGCGUGGCCACCUCAACGGUUCCGAGAAAACCCUUGCGCCUUCUAUCACACCCCUCGGCGCCAAGGGAAAGUCUCCCUCUGCCGACCCUGCCAAUGGCAUUAGCCACCAAGGCCCCAUGAAGAAGCGUAAGACCAAGAUGCUUCGACACGAGUGGCAGGACGGUUACUUCACUCUCAAGGGUACUCGUCUCAACAUGCACAAGGACUCUGAAGAGCUGGACCGCACUCUCGAAUAUGUUGAUAUUGAUGACUAUGCGAUUGCUUGCUCAAGCGUGGCAUCUUCUUCCAAGCUUAGUGCCGCCUUCAAAACAAUGCACCUUUCUCGUGGCAGCCACAGCCGUGAGAAGAGUGACCCGGUUGGCGCAUUUGCUUUCCAGCUCAUUCCUCAGGAGAAGAACACCGCGCGACUUCGCAAGCGCGAGAGUCACAUCCAGCCUGCUGGCUCAAUCCCUGCUGAAGGAGUUAACGGCACAGGCAAGACACACCACUUUGCCGUCAAGAACCGUGAUGACCGUAUUGACUGGAUGCGUGAGCUCAUGCUUGCCAAGGCAUUGAGACAGAAGGGCGAGGGCUUUGAGAUCAGUGUCAACGGCAACAUGAUCUAA